GAGAGAGAGAGAGAGAGAGAGAGAGAGAGAGGAUAUGGCCAAAGAGAGCGAAUAAAACUCGCUCGAGCACUUGUUCGUCACACAAUUUGUAAGUGUGAAACAUUCCGCAGCCGCGCGCAGGAUUCUCCACGCGCAGCCAACCAGAUACGAUCUCACGAGCAGCAUCAACAAAAGAGAAUAUAGUUUUACAAUCACGGAGCCUGGUAAUCUCACGAGUUUUCCCAACGCUACAGGGUGGACAUAUACCUCUUUCCCGCAUUUAAACUCAAACCACCCGGCUGCCUGCACCUCCCUGCUCCGUCCGCGGAGACCCAUCAGCGCGCGAACAGUGGUGGUCUCCUGUCGGACCAUUGGAUUGGGGUUGACGCCAUGGGGACAGAGGGAGGGGGUCUUUGCCAUGGAUUCUGACUUUUUAAACACUUAAUAUAACAUAUAGAUUGCGAAAACCCGUAUCUAAGUAGUUGAGCGAGCUGCGCUUUAGGUCGCAUCUCUUCCUGUCCUUCUUUACCGAACGGGAUGGUUCCAGCGCAGAGUCGCGUGGGGUGAGAAGAUCUUGCAAAGACUGAGAAGAAAAGCGAGAGAUCGAGGGAUUAUGGCACUCUUCGCGCUCUGUCUUUUUAUUCUGACGAUCACCUGCACGAACUUUGACCUCGUGACUGCAGCCAGGCACGCGGUACACUGGAACAGUUCAAACAUAUCACUUCGUAAGGAGGGCUACACUGUGCAGGUGAAUGUCAAUGACUAUCUGGAUAUCUACUGUCCUCACUACAACAGCAGCCAGAGAGGUGUCGCUGAGCAGUACGUGCUCUACAUGGUCAGUUAUCGUGGUUACCGUACGUGUGACCCGCAGCUGGGCUUCAAACGCUGGGAGUGUAACCGCCCCCAUGCCCCGCAUGCACCAAUCAAGUUCUCGGAAAAGUUUCAGCGAUACAGCGCCUUCUCGCUCGGCUAUGAGUUCCACGUUGGGCACGAGUAUUAUUAUAUCUCCACACCCACUCAUCACCACGGGCGGAGCUGCCUGAGAUUAAGAGUGUAUGUCUGCUGCUCAACAGCAUCUGAUUCAGAUGAUGAGCCCCAGCCCACAGAGCCAGACUACACUCUAAGACCUAACAUCAAAAUCGAUGACCUCGAUGACUAUGAUAAUCCAGAGGUCCCUAAAUUGGAGAAGAGCAUCAGCGGUAGCAGUCCAUCCAGAGAUCGCCUUCUCCUAACCGUGGCAUCACUUUUCUUCAUCGCCCUCUCUGUCUCCUAGCAUCCACCUUCUAUCCGUCACCACACCAACGAGGCCUUGGGGGAAGGAAGGAUCCAGGGCCGAUAAGUUUGCCGAUAAAAACUGGGAAAGGAACAGGAAAUAAACGAAACACUUGACACUGCGGCAGCUUACGAAGUGUCAAGCACCAGCCCACAAUUCAACAGCUGUUUUCAUGUCUUAAAACAGCGACAUAGUUUUCAUGUCGUGCAGACGAUAGUAAAACAGAUAUGAACACCAUAAUGAGAACUAUGCCAUUUCGGUUUCAAUAGUGCAGAUUGUAUGUGUGUGUGUGUGUGUGUGUGUGUGUUUAUGUGUUUGUGUGGCGCCUUCGGUGCUUGGGGGCGGAGUGGAUCUUUCCUUCGCUGUGAAGGUUUGAUGGCCCCAUUUUCUGUCAAUUGGCAGGUUAAGAGUUUAAAAGCGUCUCAGAUUCUGUCUGAUGAGAUCUGAAAACGAAACCAUCGAGGAGCUCGGGUUACUAUUCGCUCGAACCCGGAAAAAUAUCUGAACAACCGUUCAAUCCAAUUCCAAAAGUGUUUGUUGCUCUCUGUGUGUGUUUUCUGUUGCCAGAGAGACGUUCAAACCGCUGGAUGAUCGUGUAAUUGCCGUCAGGGAUGAGUAGCAAUAUUCAUUUGAUGAGUUUAAACAAGUCUAUAAUAGAAAUCUCAAAGACUCUAAAUCAGUUCAUUUUGUACUUUUGUAUUGACGAGGCGACAAUUUAUAAAGCGUUAAAAAAAUCCAAUUACAUCUGAUUCUUAUUUGAACGUAUCGUGGUCACACAUGAAGGCAGGGGCCGAUAUGGUUGUUCUGUGAUGCGGAAAAUUGAGAAAGAAGUGAUUUCGCACGAACGCCUGCACAAACGCAUUAAACACAAUGAGACAAACAGAAGCCAAAUAGCUUUUUGUUGUUGUUUUCUUUCCUUCUUCUUUUUGAUAAAAGGUGCUUUAAGAGUGAGAGAGUGAGAAUGUGUGCGUGAGAGCAAGUUAGUGAGUGUGUGAGUGUAUUAGCUCAGUGAUGCUGGAAUAAUCUCCUCUAGACUUUAUGGACUUGAACCGGAGAUGGACACCUACACAGACACUGUACAUAAAACACAUGCAUUUAUUUAUGUGUGAACAUUGUGGACGAUCUCCGCUCACCACACUGAUACCCGCUGGAUUCGGAAGAACUGCAAACCAUCUUCAGUGGGAUUGUUCCAGUUGGAACCGGUUGUCACUGCUUGCUACUUGACUUCUUUCGGUGGUGAUCAGCAAGACCGAAUGGAAAUUGAGGGGUCUGGUGGUUAUAAUCCGUUUCUACGGCAACAGUUAUUCAGCUAUACACACACCUAAAGGCACUACAGUUCAGCAGGAAAUCAGAACAACACACACACGAAAAGAAAUAACAGCAAUUACUGGCAACAUUUCUGGUGACACUUUUGCCAAGAGUAAUACAAGCACACAAAUGCUUCCGGGCGGGUAGUUAUUGGAUUCUUACAAGCUUUUCAAGGGAUAAACGGCAGUGUAUGCAUUAAUUACAACAAGAUUCAAAAUUAAGGUUCUAACUCUUUUUACAUAGACUAGGACCUUAUCACGGUGGUAACGAUGACAUCAUAUCAUGGCUCAUGAUAAUAGCAACCAGCGCUGCUUCUCGCUCUAGAGACAUGCAAAUACUGCUUAAACUAGCAAUGGCAUGUGGUGUAGGAGAAAUGAUGUGCGGUAGAGGUUUUCUAACUUAGAUUCAUAAUGGAUACCUUCUCUCACAUCCACAGACUGUCUUUAAACAAAUGAUAAAGCUGUUAAUUGUAUCAUUGCUCUGAAAAAUCAUUUCAGUUUUUCUGGAACAUUACGUCUGCUUUUUAUUGCAUCACUACGGCUGGUGUGGGUUCACUGAUUUAGAGCGACUUCAGAACAAACCGAACGCUAAUUUGAAUGCUCUGAAUUAUAAUUUACAGACUUGGAUCUACAUUUAAUUUGUUUUAUGUUGUCUUUUGUGUUUUUUGUGCAUUUGGGUUUCGGGGGUUCUGUUUUUUGUUUUUUAAAUUGAAAAAUGUAAUAUUUCAGAAGAGUGGAUAAGGCAAAGUAUCACUCUUCAAAUGUUGCACUUACAAAAACUUGGACACGAGAAUUGUGUGUGUGCGUGUGUGCAGUUGUUAGAACUUGAUGUUUGUUUUAAAACUAGCCUAAAUUACCUUUCAGUGUGUGCGUGUGUGUGAGUGUACGAAAGAUUGAGACAUCAAAAGGUAAUAAAGCUAGAGGACGGUA